GCAGCCCGUCAAGACGAGAACUCGGCGAGGGUGGAGCAUCGAAGGACGAGCUUUUCGUCGCUGUUGUGGGCGGAGUGCUUCUGCUUCUCACGCUCGCCGUCCUCGUCGCCAUCUUCCUAUGGAAACCGUCGGGCAAAGGAGGAAAGGCGGGGAAGGCAGGCAUGUGGGCAAAGGGCGUCGACACUCCCAAGGGCUCGGCAGUUAUUCGCCUGGGUUCGCAAAAGUACAACAUGAGCUCGACUGAGGACGUCGCAGUGCCUUCGCUACCACUCAACGACCUUCAAGUUGCGACGAACGGUUUCAGCGAAGAGAGCGCGGUUGGCGAUGUUGGCUACAGCACAGUCUACCGUGGUGAAGGCCCCAACGGCGAGGCGUGGGCUGUGAAGCGCGCCAAGCGCGUGUCUCUCGAAGGCUCGCACUUGUUCCGGAACGAGGUUGACUUCCUAUCGCAAGUGAACCACGAAAACAUCGUUACACUCCUCGCAUCGUGCGACGAAAACAACGAGCAGAUCCUUGUCUUCGAAUUUCUCCCCAACGGCCCCCUCUCCACCUGGCUGCGACCUCCCCCAGGCGACGAGCGCGCGCCGUUGUCGUUUGAGCAGCGGCUGGACAUCGCGCUGGGCGUGGCGGAGGCGCUGCGGUACCUGCACUCGUUCACCAAACCCACCAUCAUUCACCGCGACGUUAAGAGCGACACUAUCCUGCUCGACCAGUCCUUCAAGGUCAAGGUGGGCGGGCUGGGCCUCCUGAAGCAUCUCCCAGGGGAAGCCAUGCGGCUGCGCAUGGCGCGCAAGAAGGGCUACCUCGACCCGGAGUACUUCCAGACCUUCAAGGUCACCACCAAGUGCGACGUCUACAGCUUCGGAGUCGUCAUGCUCGAAAUGCUCACCGGCCAGCCGCCUAUUGUUCAGAACCCCUCGCGCCUACCGCCGUCUCCGCCCACGCCUGCUACGCCGAACUCGCCGGGAGCGGUGCCGGAGCCCCCCUGCCCUGCUCCCCCCAUGACCUUGCCUCAGUGGGCCCUGCCGCUGAUCCACGAGGGCAAGCUAGACGAGCUCGUGGACCCACGUCUCCCGGCCGACUACCCGCGCGACUCUUUCCUCUCCCUCGCGCGCAUUGCUGCCGCAUGCGUGGCUCCGCUGCGCAAGGACCGACCCGACAUGCCCAAGGUGACGUUCCUGCUCGCGGAGCUCAAGAGGCCGGCUGCGUCCCGGUCUGUGGCGUUUGCGCGGUUCAAUGCGGCCGGGCACAAGGUGGUGCCGACUGGCAUGGCGCAAUGA